AAAAUCAUAGAAGACUGUUUAAAUUCAAACUCAAACUCAAGAACAGUUUGCGCCCACAGGAAGUUAGAGGGUUUCUAAAGAUUCAACGCUAUUAAGUUGUCGUAUUUUAGAGGGAUUUUUUAUUUUUUUGAAGUCCUGAAAAUCAGGAUAAUAUUGACAGAGAGUGUUAUAAGUCAAUACAGAUUCAAAGAAACAGGGUUUCAUAUAUAGCGCAUAUAUAUAUAUAUAGUGCCCCCAGCAGAAACAAAACCUCAGUGGAGGGAGAAGGUUUUAUUGUGUAGAAGACGAUGGGUUCAAUAGAGACGAACAGAGAAGACCAGGCUGCCUCUUUUUCAUGGUGGUGGGAUAGCCAUAAUCAUCCCCAUCAAUCUCAGUGGCUUGAAGCCACUCUCUCAGAUUUGAACGAGAAGACUAAGCUCAUGCUAAAUAUUAUAGAAGAAGAUGGAGAUUCAUUUGCAAAGAGGGCUGAGAUGUUCUACAAAAGAAAACCUACGCUGAUAAACUUGCUUGAAGACUUCUACAAGUCGCACCGUUCGCUCGCUGAGAAGUAUGAUCAGCUUAGGUCUGAACUAAUUCAAGCCUCCCAUCUGAGAUCAUUUUCUUCCUUACACUCCUUGAAAGUCCAAACCAUCCACAAGUGCGAAAAGGAAGUCAAGGCUUUGAAGACACAGGUUCAGACAGACCAAGAAUCCUAUGAAGAAUCCGAUGGUGAGAAAAUGUGGGACGAAAAGAUCUCAGAACUCAUAGAGGAAAAUAUUCAGCAGCAGGCUGAGUUGAUAAGGAGAAACAAGUACCAGAAUGAAACAAUUCAGAAGCUGAGGGAUGAGAACAAAAGGUUGAAGAAGAGUCCUCUGGCAGGACAAAAGGCUGAUGAUCUCAAAAGGCAAAACCAAUCUCAGUUUUCAAGGUCCAAGUCCAAAGGGCCUUCUUUCCUUGGAAGGCUCACUGGAUGCACUGGCUCUCGGUCAUGAUUAACUGGAUAACUUUUCAAUUUUAAACAUA